UCUUCGAGGAGGCUCAAAUGUCGCUGGAGCCACAGUGUGUGAACGAGACAGACCUGAUAAGAGAAGUCUUCACUUCUGAGGGACUCUUCGUACGUACAUAGGGCGAGCGCAAUCGAUAAGAACGGACAGCAUAAUUUCUCCGCCCGAAGCCAUAGCUGAUCAGCACACCAACACGAAGCUAGUCAACGAACUUAAGUUUGGAACUGAUAAAAUAUAGACGGGGUAUGUGCGUUGUUUGAAGAAGCGCCCGGCUUGUGUAUUUCUUUAUUUUCAAUAAAUACACAUGUUAUUCUAAGUGAAAAUAUAUACAUUUUCCGUCUUGUUCGGAUUCAGAUGCGAUAGGGACUUCUGAGUGUCUACGGCUUGUAAAUGAUUAGCCGAGAAGCCAGGCUCAUCAGUUGCUAAUCGAACGUUCCUCCGAACGGAUCUCCACCGUACAAACGCAGGCUUAGUUGACUCAAUUGAAAAGUGACCAUAAGUGUUAUCUGUUGUCGACUUUUAAGUGAGCAGUGCUAUAAAACGGUUAUUGGAGAGUGCAGUUAAUUCUCCGACUGAUCAUCGGAAAUGUCUCGCCAGUUCGACAUCGAUACGGAUCCUCCAACUCCCGAGCUGUUGGAGUUGGCUCGGAAGGAACUUCGAGAAACUCCGGAAGUGCGUGAAGCAUCCAUUAAGGAACUACGCAGUCUGUUGAAAGAAGCGACUGAUUUACACUACAAAGAUGACGACGAUUUCCUCUUGAUAUUCCUGCGUCCGUGCCACUUCUAUCCAGAGAGUGCACUCAAAAUGAUGCGCCGUAUUGCAGAGUUCAAAAAGAAUAACCACAACCUGCUGCACAACUUGAUGCCAGAAGACGAGAGGCGUGCCUUCACGGAGCACAACGUGGUCAACGUGUUGGCAAACCGCGAUCAGAAGGGCCGCCGAGUGCUGCUGGUCAACUGCGGUGCACUGUGGGACCCCAAACAGGUCAGCUCCGAGCAGCUGUUCCGUUUGUUCUAUCUGAUCCAUUUGAUCGCCCAGCUGGAACCGGAAACGCAGAUCAAUGGAGCCGUCGUCAUCAUGGACUUUGACGGUCUGUCGCUCAAACAGGUCAAAGCGCUGUCACCAUCGUUCUCCAAACUGCUGCUGACGUUCAUCCAGGAAGCGCUGCCCCUACGAUUGAAGGAGGUGCACAUCAUCAAGCAGCCCUUUAUCUUUAAAAUGGUGUGGGCUCUGUUCACUCCGUUCAUCAAGGAAAAACUGAACAAACGAAUGUUCUUCCAUGGUGGCGAUAUGAAGAAAUUCCACCAGUACAUUAGCCCCGAUGUGCUGCCAAAGAACUACGGAGGAAGCCUACCGGAGAUUGACUACUCCGGCAAGGACUGGUUCCCGUGCGUGGGCAAGUACGUGGAUCACAUCCGGCGCUACAACGAGUGUGGCUUCGUGGAAAAGACUGACUAGGAAACGUUCAUUCCAAAAACAAGCAAAGACUGCUUGCACGAAUGCAAUACGUGGAUGCUAAAUGUUGUACUUUAAGGAAAAAUGAGAAUUGUGUUCUUUAUACAAACGUUCAAAUUUUUAUUCUAUGUUUUGUUGUCUAGUACAAGAUUUUACCAGAAGAUAUAUUGAUACCAUAAUUUAUCGAAUAUUUUGAUAUUCUGCUAAAGUGGUAUAAUAGCAAUUUACCAUACUCUUGCCAGAGGUGCAUCUGAACACGAGAACGCGUGUUCGUGUUCAAAACGUUCUGAGCACUGCACACUGUUCAAGAGCACUGACCGAACUUAGCAACUUGUAUCCUAGGAAAACAAACUCAAGCGACGGCAUGCUACUCAUUUUUUGGCUAGUAAUGGAACACGUGGGCAUCUAACGGAUAGAAAACAAGCAUGCUCGCGUUUUUUUUGCAUAGUUCCAAAUCUAAGGAAUCUUAGUUAUUAUGAUCGUUUUGCUUGCGUACCAACCCAGUGCACACUGAACUGUGUUCAAAGUUCAAAAAUUUGAACACCAAGGCACGUUCUUGGCUCAUGUUCUGUUCAGAAUGCAUCUCUGACUCUUGCCAUUGUUGAUGAAAAGUUAAUAUUAAUAAAAUCGAAGUGACAUUCCAA